AUUCAAAUUGAAAACGUUUGUGCGCUCAGCCUACACCAUUGCUUACUACUGCGCGUUUACCAACACUUCUCGGACAGCUGUUCGUGUGUGUCACCAAAAUUUUUAUUGCUGCUGUUUUUUCUUUUGCUGUGCCGCUGAGUUUUCCUGUUCACGGAACAGCCUUUCGCGCAAAUGGAUGAACAAAAAGUGAUUGAUCAGCAUAAUGCCAGCUUGGCCGUAGUCUUGCCACUCGCCGAAACGCUGUGCCAAGCGACCGUUGAAGAGGAAGCAGUGCCCGCCCCAGAUUUGGCAUCUGACCAACAGCUGUGCUUAUUUACCGGUACAAAUAUGUCUCCCUGCGGCUGUCCUAAGCUGGAGGCAGAGCCGAUCUUGAACAAUAGACAGCUGUUGGGAUUUCAGGUGCGCAGUCAUGACAUCGACUGGAAGCUCUUUGUCCGGCCGCUGGACGCGCAAGUCCGCGGAGAGCCCGUCUACCUGGACAGACAGUCGGAUUUCUUGAGCAACUAUCGUCGCACGGUGAACAGGAACAAUCGACGCGAGCUGCUCGUCUGCCACGACAUGAUGGGCAACUAUUUGGCAGAUCGGCAUUAUCACAGCUCGAGGAAGUACGACGAUUAUCGGUUCAUGCACUGGUCUGCCGUGGACUACUUUUGCUAUUUCAGUCACAACUAUGUGACCAUUCCGCCUAGCGGCUGGCUCAAUGCCGCCCACCGACACGGCGUCCCCGUCCUGGGCACCUACAUAGCCGAGGGCACCGCGGGCAGCAAGCUGCUCCACGAAGUACUCGCCAGCGUCGAGAGCGUUCAGCGGACAGUCAUUGCUAUGACGCGCCUCUGUCUCCACUUUGGCUUUGAGGGCUGGCUGGUGAACGUGGAGUGUCAGGUGCGCACCGAAGCUAUGCCCAAUCUCUACCUGUUCGUGGACGAGCUGCGCCGCGUGACCGAGACGCAAGUGCCGUACGGACGAGUCAUUUGGUACGAUAGCGUCAUCAACAACGGGGAGCUGUUGUGGCAAAACGAGCUGAACGAGCGCAACGUGCAAUUCUUUCGGGCCAGCCAUGGCACUUUGAUCAACUACUCGUGGAACGAUCGCAGUCUGGCGAACAGCGAGGCAUCCAUACAGCGAGAGAAGGCGGCACCGCAUCGCCUGUUCAUGGGACUCGAUGUGUUCGGUCGCGGCCAGCUGGGACGCUUUCGCAGCGCUCAGACCUUGGCCAGAAUUGCGGCACGCGGCUUCUCGGCGGGCAUCUUUGCGCCCGCCUGGUGCUUCGAGACACUGCAACAGUUCAACUACAAUAUACAUGACAGAAACGGCGAUGAAUCCGUGAAUGCGGCCUUCCUGAUGAGAAACGAACACUGGUGGGCCCGCCUGUGGCCCAGCUUGGCCACGCACCCGUAUCAUCGGCUGCCCUUCUACACGAACUUCUGUGUGGGCUCCGGCCGUGACAGCUUCGAAUGCGGUGCACGCCAACGGACCGGAGUGCCGUUCUUCAAUUUGGCACGCCAGUCUCUGCAGCCGUCGGUGCCACUGGGAGAGAAUGCGGAGCGCAGCUUUGACACCGCCUACGCCGGCGGCUGUGCGCUACGAAUCAUCAACUAUGCACGUGCCUUCCGGCUAUUUCUCACCGAAUUUCAGUUUCCCCAUGGCGCACUGCUGCUGGGCUAUGCCUACAAAAUAACCGCUCACGAUGAAAGGCACGCGCUGGAUGUUGUGCUGCGGUUCUGUCCGCCCCAAAAGCCCAUGCAGGAUGUCUAUGUAUUUUCUGGCGCCUAUGGCGAGGCCGUUAUCAAGCAAGGUGCAUGCUACAUUUCGUCAGUGAACGGGGCACUGCCGACCAGUCUGGUCCACGAACAACUGCCCCUGGAGCAUGGUGCUCUCGGCGAGAACUGGAGGGUGCGCUACUAUCUUGCCAAAUUCGAUGGACCCGUGCAGCUGCAGGACAUUGGCGUGUUGGGCCGACGGCCAGAAGAGUCUGCGUCGGAGGCGUAUAUCGGCGCCAUCUAUGUGCAGAGCCUGCAGCUGGACGACUGGGAAAAAGCACAGUCAAGCCACAAUAUCAACAUUCCAGUGUACAGCGAACAACUCUGGCAGCAGCACGAGAUAAUUGAAAAAGACAUCACAGCCUAAAAUAAACCAAGUGCAUUUUAUAGACA